AUGCCGGCCAACGAACGCACCCCUUUGGUGGGCAACAACAACAACCUGCCUAGUCACAAUGGCGGCGAAUCGGAGCAUGGCGCGCCCCCGAACCUCGUUUCGUCGCUGUGGUGGAUCGUGACGUGCAGCUGGAUCAACGUCUUUCUCGUCUUUGUGCCGCUCGGCAUCAUUGCGGAGCACCUGCACUGGCCAGCGAUCUGGAUCUUUUCGCUCAACUUCCUCGCCAUCAUCCCGCUGGCAAAGAUCCUGGGGGAUGCGACGGAGCAGGUUUCGCUGCGACUCGGUCAGACGUUGGGUGGGCUGUUGAACGCGACCUUCGGCAAUGCUGUCGAGCUCAUCGUUGGUAUUGCUGCUCUGUUGCAGGGUCAACUGCGAAUCGUACAGACGAGUUUGAUCGGUUCGAUUCUCUCCAACAUCCUGCUGGUGCUCGGCAUGAGCUUUGUAGCAGGUGGGCUCAAGAGGAGCGAAAACACCUUCCAACAAACUGCCGCCCAGGCAUCCGGCUCCAUCAUGACGCUGGGUUGCAUCACCCUCGCCAUCCCCGCUGCCUACCACAUGAGCGUCAAGACCUCGGCCGUGCUCGCCAACGACAUGGCCAAAUUGGCCAGUCUCAACGCCCCCAUCGUCCACGGACAGGAGGACGAAACCGGAUUGCUCUUCAUCUCCCGCGGCACCUCGUUGAUCCUGGUCGGGAUCUACGUGUUGUAUCUGGUGUUCCAGUUAAAGACCCAUGCGUUCCUCUACGAGGCGGAUGAGGAAGAUGAUGAGGAGGAGGAGGCCAAGAUGUCACCCUUAGCCGCAAUGAUCGCGCUCGGCGGCGUGACGGUGCUCACCGCAUUCAACGCGGAUUACCUCGUAGGGGCGAUCGACGAAGUCGCCCGCGAGUACUCCAUCCCCAAAGCCUUCAUCGGCACCAUCCUCCUCCCCAUCGUCGGCAACAUGGCCGAACACCUCACCGCCGUCUGGAUGGCCUCCAAGGGCAAAAUGGAAAUCUCGCUCGGCAUCGCCAUCGGUUCCUCGAUCCAAAUCUCGGUUGGAAUGAUCCCCAUCCUCUGCCUCGUCGGUUGGGCCGUCGGCCAACCCCUCACGUUGUACUUCGAAACCUUCGAAACGGUUAUUCUGGUGGCAGCCGUUUUCUUGGUCAACACCCUGGUUCAGGACGGAAAGAGCAACUACAUGGAAGGCGCCAUGCUCUGCAGUCUCUACGCCGUAGCCGCCCUCAGCUUCUGGGUCAGCCCCGCUGCCUAG